CAGGCGCUGCACGCUGGGAGGAGCUUCGAGAUUUUUUUCCCACUUGUUUCAUGACACUCUCCGGUGAAGACACGUUUGCACAAAGGAGAUAUAGGGGGACAGGUGUAAAGUAAGCCUUGAUCUUGCGUCUUCCAAAAUGAGCCCACCAGACAUAUCCAACAGCACGGGAGAAGAGGAGGCUAGAGAAACCGAUCCCUUGUUUCUGCUUAAUGACAGCAUGGGCUUGCACCAGCCUGGAUACCACACUGACAUCAUCAAGCACCUUGGAGUCCAGAUCAGCCUGAUCACAGCUUACUCGCUUAUCAUCCUGCUGGGGCUGCUGGGCAACGCUCUCGUCAUCUACAUGAUAGUUCGCUACAGAAACAUGCGAACAGUCACCAACUUCUUCAUAGCUAACCUGGCCCUGGCAGACCUUCUCGUGAACACCUUCUGUUUGCCCUUCACGCUGGUUUACACUCUUCUAGAAGAGUGGACAUUUGGGGCUGUGCUGUGCCACAUGGUGCCCUUUGCCCAGGCUCUGAGUGUGCACGUAUCCAUCCUCACCAUGACUGUCAUAGCUCUGGAGCGCUAUCGCUGCAUCGUGUUCCACCUCGGAAUGCGGCUCACGUGGCACUCGAGUUUCCUCAUCAUGGCAUUCACCUGGACUGUGUCUGCUGUCCUGGCAGCACCCCUCGCCAUCUUCAGAGAGUUCCGCUACGAAGAGAUCCCGUCGAUCAACCAGCGCUUUCCCGUCUGCACUGAGAAGUGGCCCCAAGUGACCGGCAGGGAUGGGCUCAUCUUCAGCCUCUCAAUGCUCCUCCUGCAGUAUAUCAUUCCUCUAGCCAUCAUCAGUUACGCCUACAUCUGCAUCUGGGUCAAACUGAGAAAUCACAUCAGCCCAUCAAGCCGCAAUGACAGCAUCAACCGCCGCAAAAAGACCACAAAGAUGCUGGCGCUUGUGGUGGUGGUGUUUGCCAUCUGCUGGCUGCCCUUCCAUGCCUUUCAGCUGGCCAUCGACCUGGACCUGGUGCUCAGGCUCGAGGAGUAUAAACUAAUAUACACCGUGUUCCACAUUGUGGCUAUGUGUUCAACUUUUACCAACCCUCUCCUGUACGGAUGGAUGAAUAAAAACUACAGGAAUGGCUUCCUCAUGGUGUUCCGGUGCGAAGACAAGCCGGAUACUUUCCACCUGGAAGGCUCAUUCAGGACUCGCUCCUUGAGGAGGAUGACUCUGAACGGCCGUAACGGCGGACACCCUCCCACUGCUGUGUGACUUGAUUUGCACGUUUCAAGGCAUCUGUAGUAUAUGAACGUAUGCGCGCCCCUCUGCUCCGUUGGCGUUUGUCUUUCAAAAAGUAGCCUUUUUUUUGACUUUGAUGGUUUGAUCUUGAGUAUCUGUGUCACUGGAGAAGACCCAAAGCUUUGCAUGCAUAUUGCUUCAUGUGAAGUUUUUUUUCCUUUGCUAACAGCACUAGUAAAAACAACAGUCGUCAAACCUAUUAAGAAAUGUGUUUAAGGUGUUUACUUAGGUGUUAUUUAACUAGGUACAGUGUAUAAUGUGUUCUCGUGUAAAAUGAGGAGCUCUCUUUCGUUUGUCAUGUCCAAAUUUAUGACACAGUCUUAAGGGAAGACUGUUAUUACUGUGACAGUGAGAGUUUCAUUUUUCACACCUGUUUUGUUUUUUCUACUUGAUGUCUGCUCAAAAAUUAUCUGGAUGGUUUUCAGCUAAUUAAUCCAACUGCUACAUUCUGGAUUAAUUAUAAGUGUUCUGGCAGCGUAACAUUCAACCCUAGUUCAAGGAAUCCAGAGGAGGCGAUCGAUACAUUACUGUCCAAACAGGAAGUUAAUUGUCCUCACCUGGCAACCAGCUGUUCCUGAUUGGAUGAAGCAGCAGGACCCUGUUUCCAGAGGAAUGGGACUCUGUGGAGCAAGAGCGAGAGCAGCGUAUUAUUGAUGUCUUUAGCACAAAAUGCAGCCAGCUGCUUCGCAGAUUUCUUAGAAAAAAGAAACGCUUUUGGAAGAAGUCAGAAUGCGUGAUUCUACAUUUAUUGCAGUGCUGAUAAAGUGCCCUUUGUUGACUGUUUAAUGAACACAGGAACAUUAAUCAACCGCAGCACCUCUUGGUAGAUAUAAUGAGCCCCUAUUACAGAUGAAAAUCCUGGACCUGAUCUGACUAUGGGGAGAAACUAUGUUUUGUGCAUGUCCUUGUCAAAU